AUGAGUGUAUCAACGACGCCCGCCAUGACAACCAUGGUUAUGGCUACCCCUAGCAAAGCACCAGAAAUCAUCGCCGUCGGUAUAACAUUCCUAGUCAUCAACACCUUAUCCAUCGGCACAAGAACCUACUCUCAAAUCGUCACCAAGAAGUUCAACUUCAAUGAUGUCGGCAUGCUCAUCGUCCUCGCGGUAUUCGGAUGUCUAGUCGCCUUCCUCAUCCUAGGUGCCAACUCAGGAAUAGGAAAACACACUCCUGAUGUCCUGAAAUCCGGAAUUCAAAACGUCUCGGACAGUCUGAAAUGGAUCUUCUUCCUCGAAUUCUUCUACGUCUUUCUUACCACCGUUAUGAAAGCUAGUAUCGCGACAACUUUCUUGCAAUGGGCCACGACUAGGGUGCAGAAAUGGAUUCUAUGGGGAUCUAUCGUCGUGGAUUUUGCUAUUGGAGGUGUCGUCAGUGUUUAUACCGUCGUGCAAUGCACUCCGAUCAGUUUCUCGUGGGAACGACUUGAUCCUGCCGCGAAGGGCAUGUGUAGGGAUCCGAAUGAGAUUAUCAAAGUCGGAUAUGCACUCUGUUUCGUCACUGUGACUUUGGAUAUUCUGUUCUUGGUCUUGCCGUUCGUGAUGUUGAGACAUUAUAAACCGAGUCCGAGGAUCAAGAUGUGUGUUUAUGGUAUCAUCUUUAUCGGAGUUCUAGCAAGCAUAGCAAAUUUCAUCCGUAUCGCCGCGCUCUCCAAGCUAGGCACCUACAAGGACCCACUCUACGACGCAGCAGACGUCUUCCUCUGGUCCUUCCUCGAAGUCAGUCUCGGUAUCACCGUCGCUGGUAUCUUGGAGCUAGCUCCGCUGAUGCAGAGACUUGGCGUCAAGGGCUUUGAGAAUGUCGGAAAUAAUUUUGUGGAUAUCGAUGAUGAUACUCAUCGGUUGGUUGUUAUUGGGAAGCCGAAAAGCUUUGAUAGUUAG